UUAUAUUUAGCUGAAAUCACAGGCUUUCUCUAUUACUAGUAAAGAUCUAAUCCCGCUUGGACAUGUUUAAUUUAUUGAGCAUUAUUUUUAUGCAUAGUUACAUAGAUAAUUGAAACAGUAGGUUGAAGAUGCAAUAUGAUUUUCUCUUAUUUGUCCAAAGUUAUAAUUUUAACGACUGUAAUACACACUAUAUUAGCAUUAGAUGUCUGUAAAGAUAUCAACAGCACCUGUCAAUCAUGUGAUACCACCAAAUAUCCUAUAGAUGAUGCAAAUAGACAGACCUGUAUGAGGUCAUGUGGUGUUUGUUCAGUUACUAACGUGGCUUAUAAUAAACCAACCAAACAAAGUUCAACCUAUACUGAAGAAAAUGUCAAGGACACUAUAUCUUUAGCAUAUCAUGCUGUAGAUGGUAAUACUGAUAAUCAUUGGGAGGAUGGACACUGUACACAUACAGCCGAUAACACUGGUAGUGACUGGUGGUGUGUUGAUCUACAACAGAUUUAUAAUAUUGACAGCAUCAAAUUAUUUAACAGAGAUAGAUUUCAAGAAAGAUUGAGUGGAUUUGAGAUAAAGAUAAGUCCUGGUGAUCAGUGCAAUGAGUCAGGAUUUAAUUCAGCUACAUCAUGUCAUAAUGAUACAUCACCAACAGCCCAGUCUAUAUAUAAUAUAGAAAGCUGUGAUCAACAACAAUCUAUAUCAGCUAGAACUGUUUUUAUCAGUGUUAAUAAUGAGGUGGUUACGCUGUGCGAAGUUCAAAUAUUUUCUGAUCCAAUACAAUGUAAUACUGGUUACUACAGUACAUCAAGUUCUACAUGUCAACCUUGUGAUAAAUGUCUUAAUGAUAAAUGUGAUCCUGAUACUGGUGUUUGUACUGAUGGAUGUAAAGACGGUUAUUAUGGUGAAAAAUGUCAACCUUGUAAUACGUGCCUUAAUGAUAAAUGUAAUCACACUACUGGUGUUUGUACUGAUGGGUGUAAGAACGGUUAUUAUGGUGAUAAAUGUAUAUCACUAUGUAGUGAUAAAUGUACAAACAGUACAUGUUCUAUCACUUCUCCAUCUUCACAACCACAAUGUACAGAUGGCUGUGUUGAUGAUAAAACAGGCUCCUACUGUCAAUCAUCAUGUCCUGCUAACUGUAAAUCAUGCCAACAAGACGGGUCAUCAUGUAAUGAAUGUAACCAAGGCGGCUGGUAUGGUACAAACUGUGAAUCUCAGUGUAGUGAUGGUUGUCAAAACAAAAUGUGUAAUAAAAUGGACGGGAAAUGUGUAUGUAUAGCUACAUAUUAUGGUGAUAAAUGUACAUCACCGUGUAGUAAUAACUGUAGAGGCAGUAAAUGUUAUACCAAUCCUUCAUUUUCACAACCACAAUGUACAGAUGGUUGUGUUGGUGGUUAUAAAGGUUCUUACUGUCAAACAUCAUGUCCAGGUAACUGUAGAUCAUGCCAACAAGACGGUUCAUCAUGUAUUGAAUGUAACCAAGGCUGGUAUGGUACAAACUGUGAAUCUCAGUGUCCUGAUAAUUGUGUCGGAGGGUGUGGUAAGAUGGAUGGUAGAUGUACUGACUGUAAACCUAAUACAGCUGGUUCAUACUGUAACAUUACUUGUGGUACAGGGUGUCAACCAACAACAGACCACACAACAUGUGAUAGAACUGGAUGACUCUAGCUCCUGUACUGAAUGUAAAGAUGGAAGAUGGGGAUCAUCAUGUAGUAAACUAUGUAAUACUAACUGUAAACCAGUAGUAGGUACAACUGUUGGUA